UCUAACUCCGCUACAGAACCGCCUUAAACUACACCGACCACACCACUCUCCAGCCUCCCUUUAUAUCAAGCAUCUCUACCCUGUCUCUCAUUCCAGCAUCUCUCUCUCUCUCUGUCUCAAAUGGAACCCAAACCUCGAGAUGCUGCCCUUUUUACCCUCACCAUUUUCUUCUUCUUUCUCUCCAUUUCUUACUCAACCUCACUUCGGUACCAAACCCUUGUCCUCAAUCCGCUUUCUACCACCCCACACUCCCUCUCAUGGCCCGAAUCCGAGCCCGAAUCCCUCGUUUCAGACUCUACUGUCGCCACCACCACACUCGAAUUGCACCACUUGGACUCUUUGUCCCUCAACAAAACUCCCGAGCAACUCUUCCACCUCAGGCUCCAACGCGACGCUUUCAGAGUCAAGGCUCUGACUUCACUCGCUGCCGUUGGGAACCGGAGUCGCGCCCGCGGUGCUGGGUUCAGCAGCUCCGUCAUAUCGGGGCUAGCACAGGGUAGCGGCGAGUACUUCACUCGGAUCGGUGUGGGCACUCCCCCCAAGUACGUGUACAUGGUGCUGGAUACCGGAAGCGACGUCGUCUGGGUCCAGUGCGCUCCGUGUAGAAAAUGCUACUCCCAGGUCGAUCCGGUUUUCGAUCCGAGGAAGUCCAGAUCCUUCGCCGGGAUCUCCUGUGGGUCGCCCUUGUGCCAAAAGCUCGACUCUCCGGGCUGCAACUCACGCAAGACGUGUCUCUACCAAGUAUCAUACGGCGACGGAUCGUUCACUACGGGCGACUUCUCCUCUGAAACGCUGACAUUCCGGGGCACCAGGGUGGGACGCGUGGCGCUCGGUUGUGGCCACAAUAACCAGGGCCUGUUCGUGGGUGCUGCGGGGUUGUUGGGCCUCGGCCGGGGGAGGUUAUCAUUUCCGUCCCAAACCGGCCGCCGGUUCAACCGGAAAUUUUCAUACUGUUUGGUAGACCGCUCCGCCUCGUCUAGGCCGUCCUCGAUAGUGUUCGGAGAUCCGGCAGUUUCACGGACCGCCCGGUUCACUCCCUUGAUCGCGAACCCUAAGCUCGACACAUUUUACUAUGUUGAGCUCGUCGGAAUCAGCGUCGGCGGAACAGCGGUCCCCGGCAUCAGCGCUUCGUUUUUCAAACUCGACCGGACUGGGAACGGUGGGGUAAUCAUCGAUUCGGGCACGUCCGUAACCCGCCUCACACGACCUGCUUAUAAUGCCUUGAGAGACGCGUUCCGGAUCGGCACAUCAAGUCUGAAGCGGGCACCAGAUUUCUCAUUGUUCGACACGUGUUACGACUUGUCCGGUAAAACGGAGGUGAAGGUACCGACGGUGGUGCUGCAUUUUCGAGGUGCCGACGUCUCGUUACCGGCAACGAAUUAUCUGAUCCCGGUGGACAGUGAUGGGACCUUUUGCUUUGCGUUUGCGGGUACAAUGAGCGGGUUGUCGAUUGUGGGGAAUAUCCAGCAGCAGGGAUUCCGUGUUGUGUAUGAUUUGGCGGGUUCGCGGGUCGGGUUUUCUCCGCGUGGUUGUGCCUGAUUAUUGAGUAGCGUGCGCGAUUGCAGUGAGAAAAGGGAAAGGCUUUUGUUUUUAUUUUGUUUGUUUAGUUGGAAAAUGGAAAAAUCAUUCUCGGAUUGGAAUUUGGAUACCAUGAGAAAAGACAAAAGAAGAAGGAAUGGAGAGAGAGAGAGGGAGAGAGGGGAAGAAGAACCCGGGACCAAGUUGUACGGUGCACGUGGUGCCUGUCGGGGGGGUUAUCUCGUCAUAAUUAUCAGUGAUAUGGUGGUAACUACACACUAGAAGUACUUAUUGUUUUUGUUAA